AUGGAGGCUUUCACAUUUGCGGUUUCCACGCAGGUGGACUUCCCUAUACACGUUAAGAUCGGUUCAUUGGAAGGGAAGCAGAAACAAAUUCCGUUCUCGGUUCUAUUGAAGCAGCCAGAAUUGCGGCACGUCGGCUCCGCGCAGAAUCCGCUAUCUGAUCUGUUUGUGACGGCGCAAUUAUGGUCGGAAUCUAAGCCUUUGGGAGUACCCUUGCAAACAUCAUACAGAGCGUUUAAAGCUGCGAGAUCCUGGAAUGAAUGGUUACAGCUACCGAUAUGCAUUAAAGACGCCCCUCUAAAAUGCCAAAUUGCAAUCACGAUCUGGGACUUAUCGCCGUUUGGUGGAGAAGGUGCAGACGGCCAUUAUGUCCCAUUCGGUGGGACGACGAUACGACUGUUUGAGGAUGGGAAAUUGAAAACCGGAAGACAGAAAUGCAAAGUCUACCGACACAAAGCUGCAGACGGGUUCUCAGCGACAACAACGCCUUCGAGUCCUCCGAAAAAACGAAAGGGAAACAAGCCUGACCCACUUGGCCCUUCAACCGAAGAGAUGGAGCUAGAGAGGGUGGAAGUCUUGAUUAAAAAACACGAGAUGGGCGAAAUUCCACGAAUUGACUGGAUGGAUCAAAUGGUUUUCCGUCAGUUGGAGAGGCUGAAACUUAACGCCGAUGAGGCUGCCCGGAAGCGCGCUGUUCUUCUAAAAGCCAACAAGUACCAACAUCCAGCCGGCGAAGAGGAUGAAGAGGACGAAGAGGGUUUCGACGACGAAAAUUUCACUUUAUACAUUGAAUUUCCACGCUUCGACCAUCCCAUUGUAUGGUCCGAUCACGAAUAUCCACCACCCCCCAUCUCGUCAUAUCCGCAAAAUGCACCUGGAAACGCAAAUGGGGCUUUGAAACCCCUGCCGGAGGUUCGCUUCGGUCCUGGGAUUGAAGGAGCCGAUGGUGAAGGAGUCAUCAGAAUCUACGAUCCCGAAGUUGGCCAAACAGGCAACCCCUGUGAGGACAAGCAUCGGAGACUCAUCCGUAGCCAUCGUACUGGCAUUAUGGAUCGUGACCUCAAGCCUAAUCCUAAAAUCCGUGAUGAUCUUAAUAUAAUUGUGUCUUACGAGCCUACGCAGGACCUCACCGCCGAAGAAAAGGAUCUUGUAUGGCGAUUCAGAUACUAUCUUACCCGAGAGAAAAGAGCCCUUACAAAAUUCGUCAAAUCGGUCAACUGGAGAGAUGUCGGCGAAGCGCAUCAAGCUGUCGAAAUCCUACCAAAAUGGACUGAGAUCGACGUGGAUGACGCCCUAGAGUUACUUGGUCCAACCUUCGAUAAUGCGGCCGUUCGUUCUUAUGCUGUGGAGCGGCUUCGCAAGGCGGAUGACGACGAGUUAUUGCUGUAUCUCCUCCAACUCGUGCAGGCGCUUAAAUACGAAGACAAUGCCCAUGGUGACGCGGAUAUAGCUGCUCACGACUCCUCCCUAGCGAACUUUCUCAUUACCCGUGCGGCCAACAAUUUCAAACUUGGCAGCUACCUACAUUGGUAUCUGAUGGUUGAAUGCGAUGAUGCCGGCCCAGGGACGCUGUCUUCUCACCGUAGGCUUUUUGCCCGGGUUGAGUAUUACUUCAUGACAGAAUUAGAGCGAAUUCAUCCAAACCACAGGAAAACGCUCCUACGCCAGGGUGAACUUAUUGCCGUGCUCUCAAAAAUUUCCAAGGACAUCCGUUUUGCUCGAGAGAACCGUCCUCUCAAGAUCGAAAAAUUGAAAAAAUUCCUUAAAGAUCCAAAGAACGAUCUCAUCCAGUUCGAACCACCCUUACCUCUUCCUUUGGAUCCGGAUGUCUUGGUUACCGGUUGCUUUCCUGAGGAGUCAAACGUAUUCAAGUCGUCCUUAUCUCCUCUGCUCCUCACAUUCAAAACAACUGAGGGCCGAAAAUAUCCGAUUUUAUUCAAAGUCGGCGACGAUCUUCGUCAAGACCAGCUUGUCAUCCAAAUCAUCAUCCUGAUGGAUCGGCUUCUCCAAAAAGAGAACUUAGACCUCAAACUCACCCCAUAUCGCAUCCUAGCCACCAACGCCACAGCAGGUGCGAUGCAAUUCAUACCCUCAACAUCGCUCUCUGCAGUGUCCGCCAGAUACAAAACGGUCCUCGCAUAUCUUAAGGCUAACAACCCGGACGAUAAUGAGCCACUUGGCGUCCGCAAGGAGACAAUGGAUACUUAUAUCAAAUCUUGUGCCGGCUAUUGCGUGAUCACAUACCUCCUUGGUGUCGGCGACAGGCAUCUCGAAAACCUGCUCCUCGCACCAGACGGGCACUUUUUCCACGCCGAUUUCGGCUUCAUCCUCGGUCGUGACCCUAAACCAUUUGCGCCAAUGAUGAAACUCUGCAAGGAGAUGGUCGAAGGUAUGGGUGGGACUUCGUCACCACUUUACCUGCAGUUCAAACAAUACUGCUUCACAGCCUAUACGACGCUGCGCAAGUCCGCGAACCUCAUUCUCAACCUCUUCAGUUUGAUGGUUGACGCCAACAUUCCAGACAUCCGUGUAGAGCCAGAUAAGGCUGUUCUGAAAGUGAAGGAGCGAUUCCAUCUCGAAAUGACUGAAGAGGAAGCCAUCCGCCACUUUGAACAGCUUAUCGGUGACAGUGCCAAUGCCAUCUUUGGUGUAGUCAUUGACCGUCUCCAUGACUUUGUGCAGGGAUGGAGAGCGUAG